AUGGAGGUAUAAAGGGCCCAAGAGGACUUGGGCAUUUCCCUCUCUAGUCCCCUGGGGGACAGUGAAACCAGGUCAGAAAACAUGGUAGAGGGCAGGGGCAGCAUCUGUGUACAGGGACCACACUGGGACCCAGGAAACUCACGGAUCUCCUCCAUUACAAAACUUGGCUUCAAGGGAAGCCCGGAAGUGGCUUCCAGCCUCUCUCAGCUGACCGAGCCCUGCCCUUUCGCUACUUCCUUCCUCCCCAGGACCGUGGCAGCCAUUCUGCUUAUAACUCUCACUCCAGCAGGGGAGGUAAAGAAGCCCGUCCUGUCCACGUGUACUGCCAUCUCUAGUGGCCACUAUCUCGCAGCUGCUGUGGUGUCCUUUGCAUCUACUGGUCUGGUCUAG